AUGCGUACACAAUCACAGUCAAAUUCUCCAAUGUUUCCUUUGGGGACAAGUGAGUUGUUUGGUGACACAAUAAGUGGGAUAGAUGGAUACAAAAUGCAGAACGGGUUUUUAGUCGCAACGGCAUCGUGGGACAAGACGUGCAAAGCGUUUUUUGUCACUUCACCAACUAACAUCCAAGGCGCGAGCCAAGUCACAGCGACGACUCCAAUUACUUGUCUCACUAAAAUGCAAAACAACUUGUUUGCGUACGGGACUGCGGGAGGUGCCGUCGAGGUGUGGUCUGUCGAGAAAAAUCAAAAACAACAAGUUUCACAACACCAGUCGUGUGUCACAUCAAUCAAAUUCAUUGCACCACUUGGUGCUCUGAUCACUUCAUCUCUCGACGGGACGAUCAUGUUGACAGAACUUAACUCUGGGAAAAGCACAAAAAUGCCUGUUGCUGGACCAGUCGUUGCUAUGGACCAAUUUGAAGAAUUAACGACAUACUCCACCCCAGGUCGAAUUGAAGUAUUUAAUAUACAAGCUGGAAAGCCAAUGACGGAAACACUUGUUGGUGGGUCACAGUCGAAGAUUAAUGUUUCGGUGCAAUCGAUGAAAAUGUUUCCUGACAAAGCUGGGUUGGUAUAUGGAGGUAAUGAUGGGCGAGCGAAUGUGAUUAACUUCACAAAUAGAAGCAACCAAUACACUUACGCAUUCAAAGCACAACACAAACGAAUCAGCAAAGAUGUGUGUAACUACUUCCCCGUGAAUUCGAUUUCAUUUUUCAAUAAAGACGUGUUUUUAACCGCGGGGAGUGAUGGGACUAUCAAUAUUUGGGACCGAGUCAAAAAGAGUCUUGUGAAUUCGUUGGGCUCACCCGUCCAAGGCGCUUCAAUCACUACCGCGGACUUCAUCUGCGAUGGUGCGUUUUUGGCGUACUCUGUCGGGUAUGACUGGGUCAAAGGUGUUGAAGGCACUUUACCCCCACAACAACAACUUCCCGUACUUAAGGUAGUUGAUGAGCCGUUGAUUAAAUCCUAA